GCUCCUCCCCAGGCGCACAGUGUGGGCGGGGCCGCAGUGUCUGGCCGGGAUGGUGCUGGCUCUGGUGUUGGCCGCUCUGGCCGGCUGUCUGCUGACGGUUCUGCUGUCAAUGUACCGGCGGCCGGCCUGGGCACCUCCCCCAUCCUCCGGGCUCCCCCAGAGGGAUGAUGUGGCUGGCCGGGCCGGGGCAGAGAGCUGCCACUUCCUGAAUGCAAUCUUCCUCUUCCUGUUCCGGGAGCUCCGGGAUACGGCUGAGCUGCGCCGCUGGAUGCUCCGCAAGAUCCGGGUGGAGCUGGAAGAGCUGCUGCUGUCCCGUACGGCUGGACGCCUCCUGGAGGGGCUGAGCGUCCGCGAACUGAGCCUGGGGGAGGCGGUGCCUGAGGUGAGUGGGAUCCGCCUACUCUCGCCAGGACCCUCCCCUGCGGAGCCCCUCCCCCCAGAACUAAGCUUUGAACUUGAGCUGGACUAUUCCGGCGGUUUCCGAUUGGCCAUCGACGUGGAGCUGCUAUUUGGGAAAUCCGCCUUCCUGGCCGUCCGCCUGGCACGUCUGCAGGGCCGAGUCCGCCUGGUGCUCAGCCGCCUGCCCUUCAGCCAUUGGUCGGUCUGCUUCCUGGAGGAGCCGCUCAUCGACUUCCAGGUGCACAGCCAGUUCGAGGGUCGGCCCAUGCCGCAGCUGACCUCCAUCAUCGUCACCCAACUGAAGAGGGUGAUCCGCAAGAAGCAUACCUUCCCCAACUACAAGAUCAG